AUGAAUGAAAAUGCCCCUGGAAACAAUCAAAUGAAAUCUCCAACAGUUCAAAAGGAUUUAACAUGGGCUUGUGAUGCUGAAGUCACAAAUUUCAUUCUUAAUGACAUAAAAGACAAUAUAUUUUCUCUUAUGGUUGAUGAGUGUCGAGACAUUUCAGUCAAAGAGCAAAUGAGAGUUGUUUUAAGAUACGUGAACAAACAUGGAUGUGUUAUUGAAAGAUUUCUUGCUAUUGUACAUGUGUCUGAUACUUCUGUUAUUUCUUUGAAGAAGGCUAUUGAUGAAUUGUUUGUAAAACAUAAGUUGUCAUUAUCAAGAUUGAGAGUUGCUAAAAGCAAUCGAAUUGUGAGUGGUUUCUUCCAAUAUGUUACUAUGAUUGUUAAUAUUACUGGUGCUUCAUGCAAAAGAAAAGAUAAGUUUAGACAACUUGAACAUGAUAAACUUGUAGAAUGUUUGGAGAAAGGAGAUAUUGUUAGUGGUAAAGGAAAAAAUCAGGAAAUCAGUUUAAAACAACCAGGGGAUACUCGUUGGGGUUCACAUUAUAUGACUAUUAUCCGUUUGAUAUCUACGUGGGCUUCUGUUUUACAAGUGCUUGAAAAUGUGUAUGAUGAUAACACUAAUGAUGAUAAUAAUGGUAUCGCCGCCAAUUUGAUUGAUAAGAUGGAGAGUUAUGAAUUUAUGUUUGUGAUGCAUUUGAUGAAAUCUUUAUUGGGAAUCACAAAUGAAUUGUCGCUUGCCUUACAACAAAAGGAUCAAAACAUUGUACUGGCUAUCAGUUUGAUCAAGACAAUGAAAGUUCGAUUACAAAAAUUGAGAGAGGAAGGAUGGGAGAAUCUUUUGGAUGUCGUCAACAAAUUUUGUAGUAACCAUAUGAUCCCAAUACCGAAUAUGAAAGAAAAUAUGAGAACUCGUGGUCGCAGCAGACGUAAUGGACAAAUGAUUACUAAUUUUCAUUACUAUUGUGUUCUUGAUAUGAUGGUUCAAGAGAUGAAUAAUCGGUUUUCAGAAUCAAGUACGAAGGUUCUUACUUGCAUUGCUUGCUUAGAUCCAAAGGACUCUUUUUCUCAAUUUAAUAUUGGUAAGUUACUCCGCCUUGCUGAACUUUAUCCGGAGGACUUUUCAUUGAUCGAUCGUGUAAUACUUGAGGACAAACUUGAGACUUACAUUCAAAAUGUGCGAGGUGAAUUUUCUAUGAUUGAAGAUUUGGGAAGUCUUGCUAAAAAGAUGGUUGAAACGGGCAAGAAUACAGUUUUUUCAUUGGUUUAUCGUUUGAUCAAGUUAGCAUUGGUUUUACCAGUUGCAACUGCUUCUGUUGAAAGAGUUUUUUCUGCUAUGAAAAUUAUCAAGACUGAUUUGCGUAAUAGGAUGGGGGAUGAGUGGAUGAAUGACAGUUUGUAG